UGAAAACAUGAAUUAUGGCGGACAAUGUGGCGGGAAUUUCAAAUACUUCUGAAGGUAAUGUAAAACGAAGGAUUUACCUCGGUGUGAGAACCUGUGAAUUUUUCUUUGUUUUUUUUCACCACAAUUCUCCAAGGCUCUACUAUUUGACUUCCUUUUUCGCACAACGCCACCCCUGAACAUAUUGAACUGUCUCUUCAUCUGGCCUCUUGAACCGAGGUCGGGCCGAAACGAACAUUUAAUAACAGUCGUACCUGUAUUACUUUACGCGGUCAACCACGGGGAAUGGCGGGGUGACCGUUUGAUAGAAGUCGACCGCUUAAUGCAGGUUCCACAGAUAAGGGGUUUCAUAAAAAACGAUACACAACUAAAACUGUUUACUUUGAUUUUGGGAGAGCGACAUGGAUUGAAAAUUAUUUCAACGAUUAUCAGUUUUACUGGAGUGAUCCGCUUUCAGUGACCAUUCAAUACAGGUGGAAAACAGUAAAAACAGGCCAUUGUGUCAGUAAAGGGUGACAGCGACAGCAUAAUAGAGGUGAAAAUUACAGUAAUUAAGGGGAGACAAAUUCACAACUUUGACAACCAAUUGCUUAACACAGGGUGACAAUAUAAUACAGUGCCACUUAAUCCAGGUUCAGCUGUAGUCAUCCUGUGGACAACAAUUUCCAUUUUCCAGGCCUGAAUUGUGUUUGUAGCUGAGUUUUUACAUAAAGCAUUGGCCAGGUAGAACAAUGGUACAUUUACCUGGUUUCAUAUCAUGCUCGUCAAAAUGAUCUCUUACUGAAUUUGUGUGCAACAUUUUGUUGUCAUUUAAUUUUCCUAAUCAGAAAGAAAGUACAGAUCAGACUUAGUAGAUUAAAAGUAGUUUAACUUGACAGGGAUUACAAAUAGGCUAUGAGAACUGAAAGAAAACUAUGAUCAUCUUUUCUUCUACAUGUUAUUGAUCAAGUAGGUCCUCAAAGUUUCCAAGACCACUCAUAAAGCAUUCAAGAAAAUUUCAUUUAAAAGUAAUUCCAGACAAUUUUUAAAAAUUACACUGGGUCUCUGUCAUCACAACAUACUGCUGUGUGGCCAAAAGGUUAAAGGUGAAGGUAGCCAAAGGAAAACAAAAGCCCAUCAUGUGGGAUAUUUGGGACUGCAAUCACACCAUUAUGGUAACAGCAACAAGGAUAUGGCCAAAAAAAAAGAUCUAAUCGGCAGAACAAUAGCUUAGCCAUGUCCUAAUACAACAAUGUGAAAUCACAAAAAUUUGUGUGUUUGAGAACAGAAUGCUGCUAGCAAUUUAUUUAUGUUUCAGCUAUUUGCAAAAUUUUAUCUAACAAUAUAAAUUCAUUGUUUGAUCAAUAUCUUCAUCUGUGUUGCUAUCCUGACUGUUUUACCAGUUUCAAUAGAGUGAAGAAUUAGGAGUAUUGCUCUUCUCUCCUGAACUGGAUAUUAGUCCAUCACAGACAUUACAGGGUUUCAGUUUCUGUAACUGUUUUUCAUUACCCAUGUACAUUACUUGAUGAAGGUAGGCAAUGUGAGAGCAGAGUAUCCUGCCCAAGAACAUAACACAAGGACCUCCUCAGGGCUUAAACUCAAACCUUUCAAUCAGGACUCUAGGACACAAACCUCUCUACCACUGUAUCUUGUACAGCUGUUUUUCCAAGCCUUAUGAUGAAUGAUCAAUUGCACAGAAUACAAUAUUAUAAUUUCAUUGUUUGUUUUUUUUUUAAUUAAUAUUGGAAGUUGUAGCAUCAUUGCAGCUUUAAAAGGGCUACAUUAUAAAUUUUUCAAAUUUCAUAACAUGAAGCAGUGCUGCUCUAUUUCUACAGAGUCAGCACCACCACAGUCUAGAACACCAUCCACAAGAAACAUUGGGAGUUCUUCAUGUGUAAAUCAGAAGGUACUAUUAACUGAUUACAGCUAUUAUGAUGCUUACAGUCAUAUUACUAAAUAUAUUUGUAUUUGGACUAAGUGGGCUUUGUCAUCUCAUUUAAAAGCUUCAAAAAGAAAUUGUUGAACAGAUGAGAAACACCCAUAAUGAUAAAUAAUGCAAUUCUAUUACUUUGAACUCUGAAUGUAAAGAAGAAUUUGGUGAGCUGAGCUUGACUACUGUAAUAUAGAGGAAAUUGUGAUUCCCACCAGAAAGAGGAACCUGUCCUUUUGUUAAUAAUGUAUCACUAAAUUAAAUGAUAUUUCAUCUGACGAAUUAGUUAUGAGAUAAUUAUUUAUAUGUGAGUGUACAAUCAAAUAAACACAUUCUUAUUUAAAACUUUUCAUUUUCACUCAGUAUACACCAGCAUCAUGUAAAAGAUCAUGUGGGCUGCGAAGAGUGUCAUCACCAUUUGUUUCUCCAGUAAUAAAGCGCUGUUUUCUUUCUGACAAUCAGGUAACAUAUAGCUAAUUCAUUGGUGAUUUAUGGUAAAGCAGUGACAGAUUCAUAAUUAAAAUGACUUAAGCCUUUGACCCCUAACAGUGACAAACAUCUAAUUUCCUGUUACAAUAUCACCUCCAAAUCACACAUAAAGGUACUGAGAAUAACAAAUAUGAUCACCUACAAAAGAAGCUCUUGAUGGUUAAACAAAUUCUUGUUGUCAUUGCCCAAGGAAAUGUAUAGAGAAUAGUAAGGAGAAUAUGCAUACUGAUGUUAGGGCGUAAAGGGUUAAAAACAUGGUUUUUGCUCAUUUUGGGUUGGAGAGUUUCUGUUUGUCAUAUAUGUAGUUUUGAGUCACUUGCUUAAAACUCCCUGAAAAUCUUGUGAUAUCUUUCUGAAAUUUAAUGGUAGAAAAAUCAUAAAUCAGUUAUAUUUAGAUUGAUUUAUCUUUUCUAUUGCAGGAAAAUUUUGAUACACCAAAAAGAUGUAGAUAUAUUAACAGUCAAGAUCACAAUGAGAUUCCCAGUCCUAAGGAAACUGGGUCAGCUUUACACCAGCUUCAGACUGAGAAAAAAGAUUUAAUCAAAAUAAUACAAGAGAGAGAAGACUCCCUGAGAAAGCUAAAUCUUGUCAAAAUGUACAGAAAUAAGGUAAGCAAAGAAUAAAUUGAUACUCACUGGCAAAAUACAUACAAAGAAAUAUAAAAAAAAUGAAGCCUGACAAAUUUACCUACCCAACAUCUGGCUGGAUGGGCUCUCUGUCUGUGACCACAGUUAGGAUGCCUGUGGCCACUGUUUGGAUACCUGUAACCAUAGUUAGGAUGCCUGUGGUUGUGAUUUUAUACUUUUGAUAGUGACUCUUGGUUGUUCCUGAUUUUUGUAGAAUGACAUCAUGGAGCUGAAAUGUUUAAUAGACAAGUGGCGAAGAGUAAGCCAGGAAGCUGCAGAGAGUCUCCUCGAAAAAAUACAACUUGAUCCCAAGCCUACUAUGGGUGAACUGUUGUCAAACUUGCAAAUAGAUAAGGAAAUUAUGCAUUACUCUGAGGAUAAUGAAGCAUUCUAUUGAUACUGAUAGGUAGGUAUUUGUAAAUAAAAAAUGACCAUUCGUUCGAAAUGAUGACGCUGUUGAUUGGCAGAAGCUCUGAUUUAUAACUCUGUAGAGUAACACUCUUUAAGGCCUUGCUCAAAUUCUCACAAUAUUAAACUUGGAUUGUUUUGGUUUUGCUUUAGAUUUUCGCUCUUUGACCGUUCAUUAAUUAAAACUCGAGCUACUUUUUCAGUCA